AUGAUCGAGAACAGUGUCGGCGAGGAGCAACCUCUGAUCAACGGAAACCAUAAUAAUGGUUCUUCCUCCUCUUCUUCUUCGUUGCCGACGUUGAAGAAGACGGUUGGUUUUGUCGCCUUGGCGGGCGCGACAGUUUUAGUCACGGCGGGGACGAUGAGCAAGAUGAACAACAGUGAACAACAAAAACGCUCGUUCCCGUGGUUAGGAUCUGUGGACGGAUACCCGACCGAAACGUAUUCCGAUCCAACGAACUUUGAUCAAUCCAUCGCUGGGAAGAAAGAAGGGCAAGAAUUUCCAAUCUUUCUUCACAUUCCGAAAUCUGGAGGGACGUCGGUGGAAUCUAUGGUUGGCGCCGUCGGCGGUAAGUUGGGAUCGUGCAACUCGGAAGAUUUAGGUUUGACGAGACCGUUUGAAAUUGCCCCGGCUUGGGUGGUGGGAAAAUCGGAAGACUUUCACUCGCCGCCGGCGACGAGACACUUGAAGAACUCGUUCGUCACGGUGAGAAACCCGUACGCGAGAGCGGAAUCUGAAUUCGCGUGGUUCAAGGCGAGAUAUUUUCACGAAUCUCCCUUGGACGCGGGCUAUAGCGAGAAGAACUGCGAGGAGUUUUCCGAGUGGAUUCAUACCGUCACGAGAUGGGUGUUGAAUUCGCCGUUGAUCGAGUGCUACAGAGAAGGCGAGUAUUCCGACAGCGCCAUGGCGGAGUGCGACUCGAAGAUUCCGCCGACGGAGGACGAAGUCAACGCGUGCGUGGCGGAGAAAACCGCCGGGGAGAUGGUGUGGAAAGAUGCGUUCCCGAUUUGUGCGGACAUGUUAGGUGCGGUUACGUGGCACCACUCGCACCACACGCCGGCGUACAUCAUCGCCAGACACGCGGAAUACGUGUUCCCGUUGGAGACGUGCAUGAUCUCCGACGUCGACAAGAAGUGCAUGGACCCGAGAACCGGAAACAUGCAAGACAACUUGGUGAAAUACUUGAAGGAAAGAGUAUCCAGCAAAAUUGAGUACACGGAAAUGAAUGUCGUUCACAGAGGCACGGAAGUCGGACAGUCGGUCAAGCCGGUCGUGACGUCGUGCUGGACCAACGGGCACAUCUCCGAUGAAGAUGUGAACAACUUCAAGGCGGCGUACGCUAUCGACUUCCAAAAGUACGGCUAUUCCUCGGAAGUUCCGACGCCUGGGUACGACCAAGCGCCCCAAGUUGGCAUGUCAGAGAAAGAAAGAGUGGUACACAGAGGUGACUCUGGCGCUUCUUCUUCCACCAGCCGACAUUCCUCCUCCUCCUCCUCCUCAUCAAAAUCCUCUUCUUCGUCGAGAAGAGGCCAAUCCACCACUAGAAAACUUCUCUCGAUCAACGAGUGGACGUCCAAACUCUUCGGCGGCGAGAAAACGGAAAAUCCUUCCACCCAAGCAUUUCCCUCCACAAUCGCGCGAGCAGGUAAAGCGCAAGGCUCGCACAAAACCGUUCGAGUCUCCGAUUUUACCCCGAACUUAGGCACCGACGAAGGGUGGCCCGUCGUAGAAAACUUUGGUCACGAUUCUCAGUUGCUGGAAUUUUACCCGUCCUGCCCGCCGCCGGAUUGGGACGCGAGCGCGCAAACGACCGGCUUACACGCCAGCAGAUCGUUGAAUUAA